CUAGCUCGUAAAAAUGAUAGGGGAUAUAUUUGAUUCUGGAAAUUUGAGCAAAGGUAAGGAUACAUAUCCCAGUAAGCCACAAAGCAUAUCAGUGAUACAUCGCUACCACUGCAGACUUAGACCAAAAAUAUUUUCAAACUGAUGGCCUGAUAACAGCAUUAUUUUGUCACACACAAACGCCAGUACUAUCUUUCGUCUAAAGCCACCGUUCAAGGUCGCGACCUAGUGGCAUACCUUUGAAAUUCGACGUGAUGCCAGAAACUACUGCACAGGAUGAUGAUAGAAAGUCUAAGAAAGCAUUGCGAAAACUUCAGAGGGAAACAGAAAAACUCAAGAUUCAUGAAACGGGAGAUGAUCAGAAAAUCCCUGUGGUGUCCACAUUGACAUGUAAUGGAGUACUUGAAACCACUGAAGCCUAUGGUCUUCUCCCACUUCAUCAGUCUCAGUUCACACAAGGACCAAAAUACACUGAAUUGCGAGAAUUAUCUGAAGAAUCUUUUAUCGAUCAACACGUUUGGGUUCGUGGACGUCUCCACAGAAGCAGAAUGAAAGGCAAACUAUGUUUCUUCAUUCUAAGACUCCAAGACUACAGGGUGCAAAAUGUACUUUCAGUUAGUGAAAAAGCUCCGAAAGAGAUGCUGGCAUUCGUCUCCAGCAUUUCUAAAGAAUCAGUGAUUGAUGUUUAUGGAAGAGUUGUAAAAAGCCCAGUUCUUAUUGAAGGUUGCAAUCCAGGCAAUAUUGAAAUUCAUUGCGAAAAGGUUUUUGUUGUGAGUUCUGCACUUGCAACUUUACCUCUGCAAAUCGAAGAUGCCAUGAGACCAGAAGAUGAUGAAACGACAUUAAGUCGAGUUAACCAAGACACUCGUUUGGAUAACAGGUGUAUCGAUCUGCGUACUCCAGUGAAUCAAGCCAUUUAUCGAGUUGAAGCUGGUGUAGUACGCUUCUUUAUGGAGUAUCUUACGAAAGCUGGUUUUGUAAAUAUACAUACUCCCAAGAUGAUUUCAGCAGCUUCUGAAGGAGGUGCCAAUGUAUUCAAGGUGUCGUACUUUUCCGGAAGUGCCUAUCUCGCUCAGUCACCUCAGUUAUAUAAGCAAAUGGCUAUAGCUGCCGACUUUGAAAAAGUAUUCACAAUAGGUGCAGUAUUUCGUGCUGAAGAUUCUAACACCCAUCGACAUCUAACAGAAUUUGUCGGUUUAGACUUAGAAAUGGCCUUCAAAAAUCACUAUCAUGAGGUAGUUGAUUUGAUUGCAGACAUGUUUGUUAACAUGUUCAAAGGAUUACAACGCGAGUUCCAAACUGAAAUUCAAACAAUAUGUCAGCAAUAUCAUUCUGAACCUUUUGAAUUCCUGGAACCCACGUUACGUUUGCAGUAUAAAGAAGGCAUUCAGUUGUUACAAGAUGCUGGUUGGGAGAUCGGGGAACUAGAUGAUUUGAGUACACCUGCUGAGAAGUUUCUUGGAAAGCUGGUUAAGGAGAAAUAUCAUACAGACUUUUAUAUUCUUGAUAAAUUUCCACUGGAUAUCCGGGCGUUCUAUACGAUGCCACAUCCUACUGAUAAAAAUUAUUCCAAUUCGUAUGAUUUCUUCAUGCGUGGAGAAGAAAUAAUGUCUGGUGCACAACGUAUUCAUGAUCCAGUCCUUUUAACUGAACGUGCUAAACAUCAUGGGGUUGAUGUAGAAAAAAUUAAAGCGUAUAUUGAUGCUUUUCGUUAUGGAUGUCCUCCUCAUGCUGGCGGUGGGAUCGGUCUUGAACGAGUAACUAUGCUCUUCCUUGGGCUUGACAAUAUCAGGAAAACAUCAAUGUUCCCACGUGAUCCGAAACGAUUGACCCCUUAAUUCGUUGUUAUCGUUUUUUUUAUUUUCAAAAUAAUUACUUUUCUUGGCUGGUUUUAACUUUUUCAUUACUGUGAAGGGUGGUGGAUAGUUCUAUACUCAAUAUAGUUGAAAUGUUCCUUGCGUCAGUUAACCAGAAUUAGAUUCGUGAUAUCGCAUCUGAAUUUGUGGUUGGUAGUUUGUAUGUUUGCUAGGCGUUAUUGAACUGUUCUACAUUUUUUAAAUUCUACAUAGUAUUAUGUUCUGUUUAGUAAAACAACUUCAGUGUUUUCUCAGAUGGAAUUGUAUAUGAGAUGGUUGGAUGCAAUUGGCAGGAAGCCGUGCACUGCACCUAGGUUUCGUGCUUAUUGGCACUCGUCAGUUCUGACGUACUUGCAUUGGAGGAACUGAUAUCCGCUCAUAGAUUCUCAAUAUUGACCUAUUAUUCCUAGUCUAUUCUUUACUUGGACAAAUAGAGAAUGUUUGUUCUCUUCUCCAGCAAGGUGGUUAUAUUGCGCUAAAAGUCAACAGAACCUAUCCUGCAGCGAAGCUGGUUCCUGUUUAUCAGUUAACAUGCUCUCUGGUGCAAACAAAAAUCGACAGAUAGCCUUUUUAUGUUAGCUCUAAUUGUGUAUACAAAUUUACAUAUAUCUACGACAGCAGUUACACUGGGCUAAUAGAAAGAAAGGUACUCUGAGUUUUUCAACACAUACAAAACAGCAUACAUCUCAAGGGAACAAACGCCUUCAAUAGUGCCAUUGACAGGUGUGUCGUCGAUACGAGUUUUGAAGUGGACAUCGUGAAAUCGUUUAAAAUUAUCUAUGGACAAAACAGUUCUAUUCUUCUCAAGUUUGCCGAAGCAAUUGCUAUCAAAAGCUUGUAAACCGAUUUAUUUGUUCAGAAAGAAGCAGUCAUCAGUUUUGCCUUAUCCUGAUGACUGGAUGUCAUCUCUCUCUCUCUCUCUUUUAUUUGAUUAUGUAAUCUCUGGCUGCAAACUCUUUCCAUUCUCUGUAAUAUAGUUUUGCUUAUCAUUUAUUUGUGUGAUUUGUGUUGAACUUGUUACUCAACUGGUUGAUUACUCAUCAUCUUAUCCGCUUCUUGUCUUUAUAAAGCAACUCCUCCGCCACUGUAUCUUAGCAUUUACUUUUUACUUAGACUUGAAGUUUUUGUUGAUAAGCUGUGUACGUGCACUGUUUAUUCAGUUUGGAGUCUUCCGUCAACUGACAUUAUAUCACAUUUGCAAGUAUGUUAAAACCGUUUUGUACGUAAAGUUAAUAAUUUCUUCAGGUUGUAUACAUACAGCUAUUGAGAAGUCUAUGAAAUAAAGGAUGGUACCAUCUUAUUCUGCGCAAACCUUUGUUUUUGCUCUAGUCAGAUGCAUAAAAUGGAAUAAGUGUAUGAAGUAUGCUUUAAGUUAGUU